GAACAGCUCGGACACCUAUAUAUAUUUGAGUUCGGCUAGGGUUUCUGUUGCGUCGCCUCUGCCGAUUCGAAUGCUCCAUUGACGGAAACGCUCUAGAGUGGACAGAAACCGCAGAUCUUCGCAUUCACUACCACCAUGGCUAGAGGCUUGAAGAAGCACUUGAAGAGGCUCAAUGCCCCAAAACAUUGGAUGCUGGACAAACUUGGCGGUGCCUUUGCACCCAAGCCAUCAUCUGGGCCUCACAAGUCGAGGGAGUGCUUGCCCUUGAUUCUUAUUCUGAGGAACAGGCUUAAAUAUGCCUUGGAUUACCGUGAAGUCAUUGCUAUAUUGAUGCAACGUCAUGUUCUUGUUGAUGGAAAGGUUAGGACCGACAAGACUUAUCCUGCUGGAUUUAUGGAUGUUGUGUCCAUUCCAAAGACCAAUGAAAAUUUUCGGCUGCUCUAUGAUACCAAGGGUCGCUUCAGGCUGCACUCUAUAAGAGAUGAGGAAGCUAAGUUUAAGCUAUGCAAAGUCCGUUCUGUCCAGUUUGGAAACAAAGGCAUUCCCUACCUAAACACAUAUGAUGGAAGGACCAUUCGCUAUCCAGAUCCUCUUAUCAAGGCAAAUGAUACCAUCAAGCUGGACUUGGACACAUGCAAAAUUGUGGAUUUUAUCAAAUUUGAUGUUGGGAAUGUCGUGAUGGUGACUGGCGGUAGGAAUAGAGGGCGUGUUGGAGUUAUAAAGAACCGGGAGAAGCACAAGGGAAGCUUCGAGACUGUUCACAUCCAAGAUGCCACCGGGCACGAGUUUGCCACAAGAUUGGGGAAUGUCUUCAAUAUUGGGAAGGGUACAAAACCGUGGGUAUCACUUCCAAAGGGUAAAGGUAUUAAAUUGUCCAUCAUCGAGGAGGCCAGGAAGAGGCUCACUGCGCAGGCCGGGGCAGCUUAGAAUGGUAUGUAUUGCUGUUCUGUUUGCUGCUAUCUAACGCUUUAGUGGAUCAUCAUCUAUUAUUAUCAAUAUGUUGGGCUAAAAUGCUGUCUUGAGAUUGAAUUAGGUUCUUUUUUAUUUUUGGUUGGUUAAGUUUUGAGUUGGAUAUUUGUUUGCCUGCAAGAUUUUAUGAAGUAACAUGGGGAGGUUGCAUCAUUAUUAUUAUUAUUA